CUGGCUGUUGGUUGCAACGUAAGCACUUAGAAUGUUACACCAAGGGCUGUGCUUCAAUACAUAGAUCUCCAUUGAUCAGGACCAGUUCGGAUGUGUUCCGUUGAUUGAUUUUGGAAUGGAUCUGUUUGUUUCAAUAUGGAAUAUGUUCUCGUAAAAAAGAAUCUAAUUUCGAUUCCAAUCGAGUCCACGUAGUAGAAGACUCUUGUUUUGCGCCUUCGUCCACAACAUCUCCGCUUUAUCUCGGCAACAGGACGAAGCUUACGUUUCAAUUCAUCCAUUCAUGGUGCUGAUUAAAACAGGAAGUGACCACGUGGACGACAUUAACCCGACAUCUACGGUCCUGUGACGUGUGUCCUGCUUGACAUUUAUAGUGACAAUAACCGCACAGCGGAUGCAUGUUUCUCGUCGCCCACAAACGAUCGUAAACCUAUGAGUGUAGCGACUCAGAAGAAAGGUCAAUGGACUCUGUUGACCAUCUGAGUAAGUCCUCCGCAAGGGAUCGAGUUCUCAAGUUAUCUAAAUCACCCUUACAGUCACUGCCCAAAGCGCCUCCCACGAUGUUGAUUUUCGGCCUUUACGAGGGAGACCGCGUGACCUUGGACGUCCCGACCACGUGCUCGGUGCGCGAGCUGAAGCAGAUGAUCCAGGAGCGGCUGAACAUCCCGAUGGACGUGUACCGUCACGACAAGAAGAUCCUGGUGCUGACGUACGCCGGGGCGGAUCUGGGGGACGACUGGAUGUUCUCUGACCUUGGGAUAGUCCCAGGGACGACUGUGAGGAUCCAGCUGAAGGAGGAGGUCAAGCCUGUGCUGUUUAUCAACUGCUCCCACAACAAUGAAACCAUCCACGUGGUCGACACCCUCACCAUCGGCCAGACACCUGUGGAGGAGCUCAGAUCACUAGCAGCGAAAAGAUCCGGUCUCCCUGUCAGCAUCUUCCGGUUGACCACAACGGAUGGCAAGGAAAUGUACGACGGCCACCGUCUCGAGGACUACGGCGUGGACACCGGCCACACCAUCAAACUGGACAACUGGGACGGCUGGAACGAGUUCCUCAACCUCUGCGCCCUUGGCUUCACGCCCCAGGUGGUCGCCCAGAUCGCCCCUGAUGACGUCAUCGGCCGCUUCCAGAUGAAGGUGGCGCUGUUUGUGGCUGCUCAUUGUGGUAACGUGGAUCUGGCUCGUUGCAUGUUGAGGUACGGCGUCCGGUGUGACGAGCCGAUUGGGGAACAUCCACAACGACAGUGGUGUAGCAACCUCUCCCACAUCGAGAGUCUGAAAUCGCCGGUGCACGAGGCUACGGAGAUGGGACAACUUGGGGCACUGAGGAUGUUCGUGAAUCAUGAUAUAACCUGCCUCAUGGCGAAAGAUGGCAAUGGGUUAGCUCCCUUGAAUAUAGCUCUAAGGAAGAAGGUUAAAAAUUGUGCGUCCUUCAUAUUGACAAAGCAGUGGAGUAAGCUUACCUUCAAGAAGGAUAUAUCUCUAAACCUUGCGCUCUAUACCAAAAUAAAGCAAUGGUGUGACGCUGCUAAGGAAAAGGUUUUCAUCAAAUAUGGACAUUCUAAAUCUUCCCUAAAACGGAAAUUAUUUACAACGGGACCUUUGGUCGGCCAUGGCGUGUCGGUUGACGGGUUCUCGGCCAGUCCGAUGACCGGGAAACCGAAGGCUCAGAUUCUCAAAGAAAAGAGAAAACAUGGCUUUCAUAUUGAGUAUGAUACAACCAUAGAUGCUGUAGACCCUGAAGUCUACUUCAGGCAACUUGGAGCAAUGACGGCUUUAAAAUCGAUAGGAGAAAAGAAGACAAAAUGGGGGAAGCUUUCAGACAGGGUGAGGGUCAAGGAAACGGUGUCACGUGCCAGUAAGGCCUUCGUCAAGGACGGCUGCAGUGACGUUGAAGAAAAAUCGCUGUCGUCGCGUUCUCCGGUAACAAUGACACCUGAGACGAUGAAAAGAGACACACCAACCGGAAGUAUAGCUGCUGAUGGAGAAGUUAAACUCCCACCAAUAAAAGGAAAAUCACGACCAUUGAAGAUUCCUAGUCUCUCUCAGUCUAACCUUAUGUCUGCUUGUAAAGAUGAUCAAAAGUCACAAAAAUCAGACAGUGAUUCUGCCAGGGAUAAGAUUGAGAAGCUUGGUGGUAUUGGGCGAUUAUUGAAAGGCAAAGGAGCAUAUUUCUUGCAGACAAAGGGAAGCAAACUGUCCAAUUCUAUGCCAAAUGUUAAUGUUAUGAACUCGGAGCGGAGUGAUACAAAGAGUAAAGUGGCCACAGAGUUUUCGAUGACGUCAGCGUCCAGCGUCACGGAUGAAGUACUGAAAUCAGAUGAUCUCUCAGACGGCAAAAAACGCAAGAAGAAAAACCGGAUGUCGUCCUCCGUCCUGCUUUCUAAGGCUAAAUCAACGGAAGGAACAAUUCCACUUCCGCUAGUCAGCACGGAAGUGGACCAGCGACCAUUUUUCUACCUCAACGGGAUGAGAGAGGAGGACUUCAUCUUCCCCGUCAUCAACCUCGUCACGCGCAUGAAAGGAGGCACAGCUCGUGAGCGCGCGCUUGAGUCAAUGUCGAUAGCAAACGCCUUCAAAGACAAAACGUGGCUGUCUCAGGUUAGAAUGGCUCUAUCCCUAACGUCUAAAUCGCUCAAAAGAAGUCGAAAUGACAGAAGAAACGUGGCGUCUUAAAGAGGCAGUAGGUCCAGCAAAUGAGAUUCACUUCUCUCUAAAUCCUGUUUUCAAAAUCUUCAUUUAUCUUUUCCAAUUCAGCAUUGGACUAGUUACUUUAAUUACACACAUUGUCUGAGUUUUACACAAGGCAUUGAUUCCAAGCUUAUACAUAGGGUGGUAAUUGGUGCCAGAGAGUUGAUAAUAGUCCCUUUUAAACUGAUAUAGGGGGCGGUCGGGUAGCCUAGUGGUUAAAGCGUUCACUCGUCACGCCGAAGACCCGGGUUCGAUUCCCGACAUGGGUACAAUGUGUGAAGCCCAUUUCUGGUGUCCCCCGCUGUGAUAUUGCUGGAAUAUUGCUAAAAGCGGCGUAAAAUCAUACUCACUCACUUAAACUGAUAUAGUAUAUUUUACCCGGUUCGCAAAACCCGUAAAUACGUUAUUGCAGGAUUGUCAGGUGUCGUUAUUUUGAGAUUUGUUCUAUUUCGUCUUAUUUCGCUCUGGGAUUGAAUCGGGCCGGGCCGUGGUAGAAGGGCAACUUAUUCGUAACACAGAAGGGGUCGAACUUCCUGUCAAAACGAUCUUACUAUGAUCACGAACGUGGGAUUAUCUAAACUGUAUUCCUUCCAUAGUUUGACGUUCAUAACCUCAGCCUCUGAUACCGAACGCAAGCUGGGUUUUAAAAAGCCCAAACCCAUUUAGCUUAUACUUUUAAUGAAACGAAAAUAUGUGGUUUAGCAGACUUUGCUGGAAACAUAGCUGGUCUCCGUACAAAAUAAUAGCAAUCAUAUGCAAGUCAUUAGAAUGCAAGAUAAAAAUAUAUUCAAUGCACGGUUGUUGAAUAUGGACGACAGACUGGAAAGGAAAGUCGUCCAUUCAUUAAUUGUGAAAUUCGUUGCCGAUAGACAUUUCGUUACAAUCAAAUCGUACCAAGUCAUGGAUAAAAGGUGUCAUUAAGGCACGUCCCGUGGUAACCUGUAUUAAGUAUAUGGUUUAAUCUCUCCAGUGUAGCCAGCCUUAUCACAUCGUAGUUAAUCUAGGUUUAUCUAGCCUCCAGUUAAAUACCAAAGAUUAUAAUGAUUAGACUUGAAUGAACACGUCGUAUUGUGCUUAAUAUACACAAGCACGUAAGUGGAUUAACCUACUUAUUUAAGGGUAAUGACUGCAAAAGGGUACACAAUUUCGUAAACUGGGAGGUCUGAUAAAAGAUACUACUCUUGCUUCCUCAUUGCUCAGGUGGCCCGGUCGUGUAAGGAGCUGUACUUGGUUGUAUAGAGUUGCGUACCUUAGUUGUGUAAGGAUCAACGGAUCCGAAUCCAAAUUUCCACCCGUAUUACACCGACUAGCCUUCAAACUCAGAAUACUCAGAAUGGCAGGGUAGCCAAUUGGUCAAAGCGUUCCCUCGUCACGCCGAAGACAUGGGUUCGAUUCUUCACAUUGGUAUUGCAUGUGAAGCCCAUUUCUGGUGUCCGCCGCUUGCUAUUGCUCGAAUGCUGCUACAAGCGGCGUUACACCAUACAACUCAUUUCGCUAUUUCGUUCUUAUUAUUAUUCCUGCGAACGAAGGGUUUCAGUUUCAAACUUGAUACCGAUAUACAUAAAACAUAACUAAAGAAACAGCUUCGUUCAAAGUUUCUUUUUGUUAUCUUAAACAUCACCUGACAAAAAAAGCACCAAUUGUACGUUUACGGUUACAGAUAUGUCAGAAACUAUGAUCUCAGUAAUAAUAUACAAGCUGCGACAUCAGCCUUUUAAGUGAGUGAGGUUUAACUCCAGCAAUGUGCUGCAAUAUCUUGAAUGGGACAUCUUGAACGGGUCUUGCACAUUGUCCAUAAACAUGAAAUCAAACCCCGACGUAUCGAUGCAACGCUUCUUCCACUUGACUAAUCUGGCCCUAUAACUGUAUCGGUCUACUUUAGACUGGUGGGCGAUGGAAUGUCCCUUUAAGUGAACAGAUGGAAUGUCCCUUUAAGUGACCAGAUGGAAUGUCCCUUCAAGUGACCAGAGCGAAUGUCCCUUUAAGUGACCAGAUGGAAUUCCCUUUAAGUGACCAGAGCGAAUGUCCCUUUAAGUGACCAGAUGGAUUGUCCCUUUAACUGACCAGAUGGAAUGUCAUUUUGGAACACGAAACAAUUGUAACUUAAUGAACAGUUAGUUCACUAUUGUAAUCACGAAGUAGGGUGUAGCUAAGACUCGGCUUCAAUUCCGCUUCCCUUUGUGGAGAAGCGGAAUAAAUUAUCAGCUUUAAUGCGAUUGCGAGACUUCAGGAGUGGUAUGUAGCGUAACUGUUCGGAUAUAGCGAAAUGAUUUUGCAGGUCCCUUUAAGUUCGUUCCAUGCGGAGUUGAUUGUACAUACAACACUGUCACUGUUUUCGUUGUUGAGAAGGGAUUGUGGCAGAUGUUUUAUAAGCGAAACUGUGAUAUUAAAUAAUUGAUUCUUGUUUUGUUUACACACAUGUAUGCUUGUUUGUUUGUUUGUCGUUCAACGCCGCACUCAGCAAUAUUCCAGCUAUAUGACGGCGGUGUGUAAAUAAUCGAGUCUGGACCAGACAAUCCAGUGAUAUCAUGCGCAUCGAUCCAUGUGUAUACACACAUGUAUGAAUUCAUGAAUAUGCUUUUAUUACAGAUUAUUGUAUAUUUUAGUUUCGACAUGCAUAACACAGUGCGAAAUUGUGUGUGAAUAAAUAUUGAAUGAUU